AUGCAUCUCGGCCGGGUCAACCCGCUCACUCGCGGUGCCAUGCUGGUACGUGGUGAAGAGAGCUGCUGCGGCGCCCGAUGCAGUACCCGUCAGCAGGGAGAGAGCACGUUCCGCCACACGUCGGAGGCGGAGGAGCAGCACCGCAUGAAGAGUAUAUGCUGCGCCGAGGAUGCGACUCCCUCUCUGUGCUGCUCCCCGCCUCCCCCCGCACCACACCAUGCCAGACGUUACUCUCGCAAGCUGGGCACCGCGCAGGUCGCCACCACCGGCACAUGUUCUGGUGCACUGCCAGACACUCUGAUUGCUCUUCUCCUAUUGAUACCCCCCUUAUGGAGCCCCUCCUCGCUUCUUGUCACCAAUUCUGUUCCUCUGCCGAAGUUGGUGGCGUGGCCACUCUUCUCGUCCUGUGCUAACGCCUUCCAGCUCGUGUGGACAAGCGUUAGAGGUGAAGCUUGUUCCACCUCCAGGCGUUCGCGCUCGAGAAAGGAUUCCUUCGUGUUGAGUGUUCCAGUUUCUUUGCUCUGCUGGAUGAGUGCGAUCAGGGAGUUUCCAGUUUUGCGCAUGAUUGAGCUCAUUCUUGGUACGCUGAUUUCAGAGUGUUCUGCCAGGAGGCGUAAAUUUCGAGGCACGCCGGGGCGAAUAGAGUGGAGUUUAUUGAAGCGAAUAUUUUUUGACUGUUAUCAGGGCGAAGGUGCCGGGGUGUUGCGAAGAAGUCUUCGACGACAGCUCGGCGGUGUAGCCGGGGUUCCAUCAGAGUUCACUUCUUACACUAAUAUGAGCAUUGAGGUCGCCGUUACUGCUGCUCCUUCGAAUGGCGGAGUAGCGAAUACGAGCAGAAUAGGCUUAGAAGCCGGUGGAAACAAUACACGAAACGAGAGGAAGGCUGGGAAAGGUACUGGAGUACAGGAACCAGCUUAUUCUCCUGCAUCAUGUUCUCGUGGAUCGUUGUAUUACUCUGAAACGAGUAACAUCUUGAAUGUCAUAUACUGUUGGUACCCAUGGAGAGGUAGGAGGAGGAGGCAUGCAGCCGAACAACGGAGGAUUGAACAACAAAGGUGGGGUCAGUAUGUAGAAGAAGAAGACGAGGGAUACAGCGUAGUGCUUCCUAGCCCUCCUAACUCACGUCGUCGUGCAAGGCGAUCUUCGCGACGGAAUUGCGCUCAAGAUGACCUGCAGGAGUGCCUGAAUGAAUUAGAAAACGAUGAUUACGUCACAGGACUUGACGACAAUCUAGACCUUCACUUGGCAUUGGCGCUGUCCGUCUCAAUCACGGAGCAGAGCUCAAUUGCCCACGUUCAACACAUCGGAAGUUCACACGUAUCUGUCGUUGCUGACAUGACUUAUGAGAGUCUGGUGCAGCUUGAGGAUGUGCGUUGUGUAGCUUCUUCUGCAGUAGUUGCUGCCUUGCCGGUAUGCUGCAUCAGUAUCGAAGGAGCAGCACCUGUCGGUCAGGCAUCAGAAAUGUGCCUAAUCUGCCUAGGAGAAUACGAACACGGCGAUACACAGGUCAAACUUCCAUGCCAUCAUGGAUUUCAUCAGGCCUGUGGAGCUGAGUGGUUGCUCAACUACUCUAAGCUGUGUCCUGUUUGCAAACUUGACGUAACAGAAUCAGCACCUAUCGAGGCAACGACGUGUGUGUAGCUUGUUUCCUGUUAAUGCAUUCUUUUGUCCUUGUAGAUAAUCUGUGAAUUCAAGUUGAGUUUCACUGCACUUACAGUUGCUCAUCAAGCAACCACCUCUAGUUCUGUCGACUGUACACAAGGUUAGCCGCGGUAUGGGGUUGAGAUGACAUAGUUGGACCUUAAUUUGCAUUGAGGCGUGUAUAAACCGGUUUCCUCAGCCAUGUAUAAAGUUGAAAUGAAAUUCAAAACGAAUCUCCAUCUCUCAUUA